GUCGUGUUGAACCUGGCUUUUCUUAGUGUUAAGAGGAAUCCAUGAUGAGUUAAUUAUUCGUUUUAGUGUAUAAAAAAUGUAUCAACAAGCAGAAAAUGCUGAAACCGACCAACAUUCCGACUCUUUUUGUGCUGGCUGCUUAAAUGUUUUGGACGAUGAGGAAUUUAUAUGCGCUCUGGGUCAAGAAUGGCAUCUGGAAUGCUUCAGGUGCUCGGCGUGCGACGCGUCCCUCUCGAAUUGGUACUUCGAAAAGGACGGACUGCUGUUCUGCCGCGACGAUUACUGGACGCGGUACGGCGAGUGCUGCCAGCAGUGCAGUCAGAUAAUCACGGGGCCGGUGAUGGUCGCCGGCGAUCACAAGUUCCAUCCGGAAUGUUUCUGUUGCGGAUCGUGCGGGCUGUUUAUCGGCGACGGGGAUUCGUACGCGUUGGUCGAACGCUCCAAGUUGUAUUGCGGCCAGUGUUAUAAGCGCCAAAUGCAGCCGUUGGAGAAGACGGCCCGAUUUCCCUUCAUCUCCCACAAACCGCACUCGAUCAGGCUAGUCGAAAUACCCGGCGGGCAAAAGGGAAUCAAGCUGUCCUCCGACUCGCUCCACGGAAAAUCGCAUCGACUGACGAUAUCGCAGAUGGUGUGGAAGCUUCAAGGGAAACUGCUGCAGUUGGCUUUUGCCUUCUUAACAUCCGCUUUUAACUUUUGCUGCUACCUAAUUCCCUCGUAUAGAUUGGAUAUGAACAAUGACCUUAUGUCCCUACACAUUGGCGAUAAUAUUUUGGAGAUAAACGGCAUUCCCGUGAAAGAGACGCCUUUGGAGAACGUGGAGAAUUUGUUGCGAUGCUCCGACACAGUUUUACAGUUGACGAUCGAGCACGAUCCCGACGCCGUCUCCAGACGUCGCCAAACAUUCCUCGUGCCUAAGACGAGCCUGCCGCUGACCACGACCUCGAGCGAUACGAACAUUCCCAAUCGAAAAAAUAAACCGAUCGACUCGUCGUACUUCGGCUCGACCGAGUCGAUCAACAACGAGAGUUUCGAGCGGACGCCAACGGACCAAAGUAUAAUCGACAAUAAUGCGAAAAGCGCUAAAAAUCUACGUACCGGUGAUAAAGAAAGACUGUUUAAACGACGCGACGAGGGCUACAUGAGCGGGACCAGGUCGAGGCAGCUGAGGCGGAAGAAUAACGUCUCGGAGGUGGGACAGUCGUUGGAUAAGGAGAGGAGCUCGUCGAUGAGCCGGCUAUUGGACGAGUUACCGAUUUCGAAACGAUGCACGGAUUUGUCGCGAGCGCACUCGUUUCUAGAGCCGAGGCCGCAGCAACGCGUGUUUCGCGCCUCGGAUCUCGUGAAGGGGGAGCUACUGGGCCAGGGGUUCUUCGGGCAGGUUUACAAGGUGACGACGAAGGAUACCUCCGAGGUGAUGGUCGUGAAGGAGCUGUACCGCGUCGACGAGGAGGCUCAGAAAAAUUUUUUGAAGGAGGUGGCGGUGUUGAGAAGCUUGCAUCACAUUAACGUUUUGCGCUUUAUUGGCGUACUGUACAAAGAGCAGCGGCUGCACCUCGUCACGGAGUACAUAGCGGGAGGCACUCUCAGGGAAUUAAUACACGACUCGUCUCAGCCGCUGCCGUGGGAGCAACGCGUGUCGUUCGCGAAGGAUAUCGCGGCCGGUAUGGCCUACCUACAUUCCAUGAACAUCAUACACCGAGACCUUAACUCGCACAAUUGUUUAGUUAGAGAAGACAAGACUGUGAUAGUUGCCGAUUUCGGUCUCGCCCGUAUUGUGUCGCACGACACGAGCAGCGUGAGAAGGUCGUCGCCUAGGGGCAGCAUCGGCGGCGGCCGACGGCAGGAGAGGAAGAAACGUUACACGGUCGUCGGCAAUCCCUACUGGAUGGCGCCCGAAAUGAUGAAGGGGAAUAAAUACGACGAAAAGGUCGACAUUUUCAGCUUCGGCAUCGUGCUUUGCGAGAUCAUCGGACGCGUGCAGGCCGAUCCCGACUUUCUUCCACGCUCAAACGAUUUCGGAUUGAACCAGGUGGCGUUUAAGGAGAAGUUUUGCUCGACGUGUCCGGACUCGUUCUACAAGAUCGCGUUUUUGUGUACCGAUCUGAACCCGGAUUGCAGGCCCCCAUUUGAGGUUACCGAAGUAUGGUUGGAAUCUUUGUCGAUGCAUCUAUCGGUCGGUAUUCACCUGCCGUCCGAUUUAGUUUUCGACAUCGAGCAUUACCGCGGUCAGAGUCCGAGCUCCUCGGGCAGCACGACUCCGGAGGGCAUACCGUCCGGCUGCCGCAGCCCGAUUCUCGAGCCGAUCUGCGAGGGCAAAACGGCGCCGUCGAAGGAUUCGAAGAUCAUGCUAAGCGCGGACAAUCUGAAGCCGAUCAUCAAGGUGUCGAGCGCGGACAAUCUGAUUACGGGCAGGAAGUCGAACGUCAAGCCGAUUUUGAAGAACGCGACGAACGCGAGCUUGAGCAAGAGCUACGAGAACUGCAGUCGCAAUUCGGAUAGCACGCGCGGCGAUGUGCUGAGCACGAAGAGUUGCGAGGACUUCGGUCCGUCGACGUACAAGUCGCCGGAGUACGAGAAUAUCAACUUCUUGCGAAACGACGCGGCUUUCAUUAGCGAUACAGAGAAAUUCAUAGGAGUUGAGCCUUUGAAGGUGGCGAGUUCGGCAACGUCCGGCAAGGAGAAUAACAGCACAAGCAAAGGACAGCUUCUACCGCAACUGCGCCAAGUGCCCAAGAACUUUACGCGCAACCAACUGGGCGAGGUCUCAAAAGAGGAGGAGCCAGUAAUCUCCGUGAAAGAUCGCAUAAAGUUUUUGGGCAAAAAAAGUUGCUUUGAAGUAAAUAAGCCGAAAUCCGUCGUGAAUACCCAGCCGAAAUUAUCUAAUCUAAGUCUAGAAAGCAUGAGUAUUAAAACGGGUAGCCUGUCGCCCUCUAGCGUCACCCAGAAGUACGUCAAAAGCGUCGCCAAUAACGCGGACGCCGCCGGUCGGACUAAUAGUGACGGUGCGCCUCAGUUCUGCGGCAUUCCGGAUAUUGUGUCGUCGACGUUCAACCGUCCGAAAGUGAGUGACGCGAGCAAAAACGCCACCUCGAGCUUUUGCAUAAAUCGAAACAUUUUCAAAAACAGUUUGGGCAGAGACUCGGGCAGUUCGUCGUCUGCGGCGAAACCGGUCUCCUUCGUGCAGCGAAGGGAGAGCUCCGUCAACAAGGGGGGCGAAGCCGAAGCGGCGAGUGCGCGAAAUUUGCCUAAGCCAACGAGCAGCAUCGUCAAGAACAUCAUUCAGACCUUAAAUCAUAGAGAUAGCGGUAGGUUCGACUUCAAAAGUCGCAAUACGUACGGUCGGGGCUCCUUGAAGGUGCUAGGUAAUCCGAAAGUUAAUAUCAACUCUCCCGCACGUUGUAGCAGUCCGCAGGAGUUUACGGCGUUAUAAGACUGUCAGUUUGUUGAUAAGUAGCUCCAUUAAUUAUUUGCAGAAUUCAGUUGUGUGUAAUAUUAAAAUCCAAAUAAUUGAAAAUUAUUAUUAUUAUUAUUAUUUUGUAUUACAUACAACUCAAAACUGUAAGACUUCGUCGUGAUCGGGCUUUACUGUUACAUAAAUGUACAUAUUAACUAAUCUGAGAUGUGCCAUAGCUGCUAUUUUCUGGUAAAUUCGAUAUACGGCGUGUUCCACUGUGUAUUUUAAAAAAAAAAUAGAAGUGAUACCGGAACAUAACUGAAAAGCAUGCGACAAACGCAGUACAGAACUUGGAACUGGACAAAUUUAUCUUGGAACACGCCGUAUAGUACCUCUCAAUUGCUUGAAAGUACCGAAAACGAGUGUGUUCAGUUUUACAUGACACGUUGACGCGUAAUCCAAUUGCUCAUUAGGGAAUAUAUUAUCAGUAUUAUUGUAACGCAAUACUCUCUCACUCUUAACGUUCGAUAAAUCGACAGUAAAAGUGCCUAAGUUUACUGUAACCCCGUGUACCAAAAGAGAAGUUGCUAAACGUAGGUGCUGCGCGUUUUUUUUUUCGAUUUUUCAAAAUUACUAAUUCUGUGAUAGUGGAUUAAUUUAAUCUCGUUUCUCUGAAGAAUAUAACUUGCCUGGUUAGUUGCGGACGCCGAUUUAGGUGCUCUCUGUAUUUGUUAUGUAUAAAGUCGACGCUAUUUUUUGUACGCAAGCUAUUAGACGUGUAUAUUUGUAGGUGCGAUAGUGUACUAAAAUUCCAUUUUACAAAGUCAGGGAUCUUUAAAGUUUUCGUCAUUAUAUUUUUGUAUAAAACAAGGGACGAUCUGAACACCCCACGCACUUUUCCAAUUUAAUUUGACUCCAUGAACGUGAUCUUUUCGAAUUUGUACUUAAAAAAUUAACAUUCCACACUUUUUAUAUUAUUUUUGUGUCUAGAAAUUCUAUUAUUUAUAUUUGUUAUACGUAUAAUCAGUUUUUGGUCGGAGACACUUUGAAAUUUUACCAAAAAUUGUUAAAUAUUUAAACACUGUUAAUAUUUUUAUUAAAUUUUUAUUAUUAACUUUAAUUGUAUGUAAUAAAUAAGUGCACUCAAA